AUGUCUACCGCAGGCACUACCUCGAUUUUCGAAACUCAGGACAAAGCUCGCCACCGACCGACUUACGCCUCUUUUGGGGAAAAUGGUCUUACAGCGACGGCCACCGCUUAUGGACAUUUACUCCAAAUAACUCAAUAUUUUGGAAACGACCCAUCUGGGUUCUAUUGUGUUGACCUAAAAGAUGUUCCCGAACCAUAUUUGGUUACACAGCGCAUGGAACACCUCCAAAGUUACAUUGUUCACCCUGAUAAAGGGAUGCGACUGGAGGUUGAGAAUUUUAAUACGUCGGAACUAUGGGAUAAUAUUCCAAAGUUAAGCUUUCCCAGCAACCGUUGGCCAAAAUUUGAAUCCGAAGCUGUAUCUGGAAACUUCAGUACCGAAAUCCAAUACUUCAUUCAUCAAAAGGCUGUGUAUCAGACAUACACAUUUACCUCUUGCGGCGAAUCGUCAGCUUCAUUACCGGAAAUGGCUUUCAACGCUGAAUUACUUAUUCGAAACCUCGAUUUUUCGAAUAGCUGUAUCUGGAAUAUGCAGGAAGCUGACAAUAAUUCCUAUAAGCACCGCUCGCCUCAGAGAAAAGAUUGUAUACUCAGAAUACAUGAAAUUGGAACAGAACAAGAUGGCGGUGCCAAUCAGACAGCGCAGAACAAUGGUAAUGCCGUCGUUUUGGCUAUAUGGCCGUUCAUAGGCGACUCCCCUCAGAGUGUUUGCCCUAAGGGAAAUACCGCUAAAUACAAAAUAAUCCAUGGAAGCCAGGUGUUGAACGGCGGUAAGAACGAGUCUGUGACGGUAACUUUGGUCUACACGCUACAUUUUGGCCCUUCUUCCCAAGUGGAGAGGGACAUUUUACCACCCAGCCCUCCUAUGGAACUUUUACGAAAACUGAAAGCAGACGCUGAAACCACUAAAACUCCAUUCGCAAAACCGCUCUUUCCCGACGAUGGGUACCUUGGCAUUGCAUUAAAGAGAAAUUUGGAACAUAUGCUAUCUGUCUGUUGCAUCCCUGUUAGGGACAGUACUGAGGAUAAAAUUCCGCCGAUUGCAAUUACAUGUGGUGAUAUGGCUGGUCAUAGAGCUAAAUAUGGCUCGUCACUGCCUCAGAAGUCUCUCAUGGAAACUCCAUUCCAUAUCAUUAAAGUCGCAGAAUUCUGUCGAAUAACCAAAGACAAAAACGCACUCGAAGAAAUGCGAAAAAACUUAGGGAAUACUAAGAUUAUCGGAAAUUGGGUCAAAACACUUGAUAGGGAAAAUAAGCAUGGCUUGUAUGCGUUUCCCCGACCUAGAAAAGAAGCUCCGAUACAUUCGUUCUAUUUCCCUGAUCAUGCUAUUAUUUGGUGGGCUGCCAAAUCAGUGGAAUAUCUUGGCCUUGGUCAGGAGCUCCAGAUCGAAACAAGCGCAUGUGCUGCUAAACACAAACCGCGCAACAUGAGCUACUCAUCGGACGAUAUACGAACUAAUAUUAUCAAAAGAUUUACUACAGAGAAUCCUGUCUUGAAAAAACGCAUGAUAGCCAUUUCGCGCAACACAAUCGAGACUAGAUUCUUGAUCCGAGAGAAAGAAAUUGUGCUGUUUUCUGCUCUAGAUCAGGGCUUACUUGAUGAGUCUCUCUCGCCGUCGAAGUCUAACAGUUCAGAAAAGAUUGAUGUUUGGGCGAAUACUAUGGCUUGUCAAGCACAGCACGAAGAUAACCAAAACACCCAAUGGGACCAUCCGCUUCAGUUUGCCCUUGCAAUAAUAAUGUCUUCAAAUGGCAUCCGUAUAAACUCAAAGCCUUCAGCGGAAAUGAUGCAUCAUUCAAAAACAAUCCUACUCAACAGUUCCUCACUCAAUGGUCUUUUUCCAGGACAGCUCGAUGGAUAUAAAGAGCCCGCUAUCUUUAUGAAGGACAUCAUGUGUGAUUCUUAUUGGCGCGUUACAUUUGAAGUGCCAUACAUUUUAUGGAAAUAUUCGAAGGCGUCAUCAACAAGUGAAGCUAACAACACUGGCUAUUCAAACAUUUCUACUAUACAAGCCUCUACAGACGCCCAAUCUACAAAACCACCAGCUUCAUAUAUAACCUCCACGGAGUUUAACCAAGCAUUUGAUAAACUUUUCGAGCAUCUGAAUGCUGCUUUCUUUAGCCCUGGGCUAUCUACCACCAAUGGAAAGCUGGCUAUAAAGAAGAGCGUUCCCUUCAAGACUUUCAUUGAUCAGAACAAUAUUGUUGAGCUCCCAGACGAAUGGAUGUACACUGAGCCUAAAUUCUUCGACUUCAAUUGCAACUUAUCAAGAGAUUGCAACUUGAGUGAAGUUGUUUAUGGUAAUGAAGUCUUGGCAAUGUCCAAAAAAGAGACAUUCCACAGAGUUGGGAAUGUCAUUGCAAAUGCAAUCGACCUGCUUAAGCAAGACAACAAGUUUCUAAACCCAGAGAGUCCAAUCAUGGGCUACAUUGUUGACGUGCCAAGAGGUAGCCCUGCCAAUAGGGAGUACACAAAACCUUUGAUCAUUUCUAAUCCCAAGAUUUACGAGUAUGUUGGUGGAAAGCGAACACCUGAGCUCUCUAAAAAGAGACUGUUUCACUUUUUUAAAGCGGACUUGGCGACUGCACUAAUUUGUUACCUUGCCUCGUCUGAAAAAUCUAAUAUUUCAUCCUUCUUUGACAGGCACGCGGCAUAUGAUAAAUAUUUCUUCGACGACGUUACGCCUGAAACAAACAAAUGGGUAACUGAGUUUCAUUUAUCGUUUUAUAGGAUUCUUGCUCGCGACAUUUCCAAGCCUACUGGAAUACCCCUAUUAGAGGAAAUUAACUACCCGCAUCCUCGUUUAGUAGAUGGGAGACGGAUCAGUCGAGCUGUGAUCAGUUUCAGAUUCGAUGGCGACUACUUUGAUCGCUAUUGGACGUGCCACUUCUUUGAAUUCAACCCAAAAGAGUUGUCUGAGUCAAAAUGGGAGCCGCGUAAGGUAGUAGAAAAGCACUUCGGCGCCAUCUCGAAAGCGAAUCCAUGGAGACAGCGGCGGGUACUGGAACUCCUCAUCGUUGGUUCUAUGCUACAGGAAAUACUAUUUUACUCGCAAGAAAUUCUCGAAGAGAUUAAAAAAAGCAUACAAAAUAGCGCCAAAGGCCCCUACAGGGGCCUUCGUCAACAGCCACCUGCAUCCGCACUUCUGGAUACAUUCGACCUUUUUACAAAAAUAGACAAUGGGAGAUUCGUUGCCAUCAGUCGACUAUGGUAUAAGUUUCAGCAUAUUCUUCAGAUAGUUGAAAACGAUCUCCAGGAGAAUCUCGCAAAGAUAACACUUUGGAACGAUCGAGAAAGAGCACGGGGACAUGACAAGCCUCGAUGGACUAAGAGCGAUGAACGCGAUUACAGACCCAUCAUUUCUAAGCUACAGGCUAAUAAUAAUCAUAAGUAUCAUGAACUGCAGAGGUGCUACGUCAAUAUCACCUCUUUCAAUGCAUCUCUUUCAACGAAUCUGGAUAAAAUGCGUGGCGAUCUAGAACUUCGUGGUGCAGAUGAUAUUCGUCUUAUGAGCGAUACGCCCUCUAGGCACACGUUAAUCAGUAUGGCUGUUACUGCGGUUAUCGCCAUUUUGGUUACUGUUAUUGCGUUGACUAAUGCUAAAACAUUGGAUAAUAAAAUCGUUAGUCCGAUUCUACGCAGUUCACGAAGAACUCUUUACUCGUCUGUCGGACGACCCCUCAAAAUUAUUUAUUCGGCACUCAAAAUCCGGUUUCGUCCGUGCGUUUAUUAUUUUGCACGUUAUGUAUACUUUCCAUUUCUGAAUCAGUAUACAGGUUCGGGCUUGGUAAUGGAAUUGAUGGAAGAGUUUGGCAGAGAACUAUUUGAAAUGGCGGAUAGUGUCUCGCCUUGGGAACAUGCUUACGAAGACUAUUCAAAAACCAUGAACAAGAUGCGGACAAGGGAAGGAGAAGAUGAAGAGCAGGAUUGGGGAUACACUAUCGGAAAAUAUACCAAAACUAUCCCGCAACGAAUGAGCGUUCGAUUCAGAGGUGGUAACAAAGCGACUGCUGAGACGGAUCCGGCUGCAGGUAGUGUACUAGAUUAUCCAACUAGUCUGGCCUGA